AUGGCUGCCCUCACCCCCGCCCAGCGCACCCUCUUGCACGAGUACCGUGCCACCGUCCUCCACAUCAACAUCGGCAAGGCCCGCGAGACUCCCUGGGGAAAGGCCGUAGUAGGCUGCUUGGAAGGCCAUCUGUACAAAGGCGUCUGGGGAGAAGCCCAUGGAGGUGAUGAAGUUCUUGCCGUAGCAAGUUCUACCUGGCGCGCUGAAGUCGUCGCCCUUCCUUUGGCUUCCCCCGCCGGCCACGUAUGGAAGCCGUUGGCCGCAACGUGUGUGUCCAGAGCCGCGUUCCUGAAGCAAGCAAAGACGGCCCGCGGGGGCAAGGGCAAAGCCAGGGAGCCUGACUCCGACUUCAAAACCCCAAAGUUCCCAGCUGACGUGAUCAAAGACGUCGUGACAGCACAGAGAGGCGGAAAGUGGUCUUUCAAAGGCACGGCGACCUUCUCAGGAGGUGGGAUUAAAGAUGAGCAGCGGGCAUCGUGGCUCUGUGGACUCUAG